AAGUGAGGAGGCGAAAGGGAGGAGAGUGUGUUUCAAGACGCGCACGAAAAAGCAGGAGCUGAUUGAUUUCUUGCUUUUGUUGGCUAUACCAGACACCGGUUAAGAGACUGACAUACCACUCAUUCAUUUUUUAUUUUCUGCCACCCAUUGAAUUUAAUUCAUCUAACUUGUUUUUGUUCGAGAGCACCUGCCCCGAGGAUACAGCGGUACAUCCGUCUCCUCUUUGCGGGAUCGGGAUUUGGACUACCCAGCUGCGCAGGGGAGCUCCCCUGCGAAACGCGUAAUGCGAAACGCGUAAUGGGAUACGGGAUCACCGGCGCUUUUUGCAUGUACACCUGAGGGGCUAUUGUGGAUUUACAACACGGGCUUUCAGAUCAAAUAUAAGACUCUUUUUUGAUUUACUCGCAUUUAGAAGAAACUUUUCCGAGUGACUUUCAUCAGUCACUCGGAGUUAUAAGCCUGCACAGGGACUUUAUUUCUAACGCACGGUUUGGAUCUCGCUGAAGAGUUGGCAGGAUGGUCUCAUCCGACUGCUUCAGACUGGUCGUUGUGAUCUUGUGUUGUUCAUCACUCACAAAUGGUCAUUCGGAGAGAGGACACUCGCCUAAGAUUCAGCCAUCUGCUAAUCAACUCAUUCUUCAAAAGGAUGAUCAGUUAAAUCUUGUAUGCCGAGGUCACGGCCCGGUGCACUGGACACUUGGUGAUCACCGUCGAUCGAUCUCGUCAGAGGGGGUUAAGGUGGAGCAGUGUGACUCCAAACAUCCCCACCCACACUGCAGCAGACUGACGGUCACAUAUUUGAGUGCCAGUGACACAGGAAAGUACAGCUGCAUAUACUCCAAAGAUGGCUCAGACCACAUCACCUCGACCUACGUCUAUGUCAAAGAUCCUGAGCAGCCAUUUGUGGAACCCCAUUAUAAAACACCUCACUUGUUGGGCGUCUACAGUCAUGAAACCAGCCUUGUGAUCCCCUGCCGGACGUCCUCUCCUGAUGCUGCUGUAAAACUGUUAGGGCUCCCAGCAUUAUCAGCACCGAUUGUUGAUAAAGUUGUAUGGAAACCAGAGGUGGGAUUCAGGAUUCCCUGUGGUCCUUGUACUGCGUAUAGUAUGUUCAUCUGUUACACAAACAUCAAUGGUACAGAGUUCAGGUCUCAGUACAUCCCACACGGACAGAGUAGUGUUCUUACUAAUGUGAAGAUCACCCCAGAACGCAGCGUCAGAGUGUUGGUUGGAGAUACACUCAUUCUCAACUGUACUGGUGAGACCACCUAUAAUGGAAGAAUCAACUUCACCUGGGAUUUUCCAAGGAGGAAAGAAAAUCUACAUCACGUGAUCAAGCACAAAGGCAACCCUGCUAGUGUUAUGGUGAUGAGCAAUGUUUUAGUCUUGCCAAACAUUACCAUGGAGGAUGAGGGGAAAUACCGUUGCAAAGCUGAGAUUGAACCCAAGAAACAUAAGAAUGCAUCAGUAAGAGUCCAUGUCUUUGAGCAUCCAUUCCUCAAUGUCUCCUAUAGGAAUGAACGACUCGGUAUAGUGAAUGCCAAAGAAGGUACAAAGUUUGUGUUUGACCCCAAGGUCAACGCUCUGCCAAAACCAGACAUGAUAGCAUGGUAUAUGGAUGGGGUCCUUAUCAACAAGAAUUCCACCUGUUACAAGAUGUCUUUAUACAGCUUGACCAUCUCUGAUGUGCAUCAGAAGCAUGCUGGGGUCUUCACCAUAAGCCUGGGCAACAAAGCGAAUGGCUUGAACAAGAAUCUGAGCUACACUCUGGUAGUCCUGGUGAAGCCAACUAUUUCAGACGCGGAGCUCUAUUCUGUGGACGUGCAGCCUUACAUGUUUGGCAUGCAGCAUCAGCUAACCUGCACUGCUUAUGGAUUGCCCUUGCCAACUAUCACUUGGCUCUGGGAACCAUGUCAACCAGACCCAACGCUUACAGAUUGCGUUCCUUCCACUGAGAAAAUCCUGGUCAAUGUUGACAACGGGGGAAAUUACUCCCACAACUGGAUUAAGAGCAUAACAGACAAGCUUGAACUGGUUCAAGAAAAAAACAAGACUGUGAGUACCCUGGUGAUAGGAAAUGCUACCAUAUCAGGAAAUUACAUCUGCAUGGCUGAGAAUGAAGUCGGCAAGAGCACAAUAAUGAAGCCUUUCUACAUUGAUGAUCAACGGGAGGAAAUUACCAUCGAACCUCAGGCAGCCAUCGAGGGUGAUGAUGUCAAUCUGACCUGUCGGGCUGCUCGCUACCUCUAUACAGACCUGCAGUGGUUGGAUUCGUUGAAUCAAACGAUUACUUCCAAUGUUUCUAGUCUCAAGCUCAGCAACCACUCCAUUGCUCUUUCUCUACAUCUGCAUAAUGUGUCCCGAAACAGCACCGCAAGUUACAGGUGCCAAGCAAACAAGCUCCACAAGAGGGUUGAAUUCAAGGCUGUUGCACUUACUGUGAAUGCAAGGAAGCGCCCCUGGCUGAGUCAAAAUCUGACAAAUCAGGAUGUGAACAGCAGCAGCACCCUGACGCUGGAAUGCUUUGCUCUCGGAGUUCCUCGUCCCAAAAUCAUCUGGUACAAAAAUGGCAUACCAGUGGAAGGAGGCCAAGGUAUCACAUUGGGAGAGGACGGGGCUCUGAUCAUCGAGAGGGUGAAGAAAGAUGAUGAGGGUCUGUACGAGUGUAUAGCCAAGAACGUUGAGGGUAUCGCCAAAACGAGUGCUGUUGUUACCGUGGUCGGGGAUGAAGGGAAGCCAAACGUUGAGGUCAUCAUUUUGGUGUGCACAGGAGCUGCAGCCACGUUCCUCUGGCUCAUGCUUAUCCUCUUUAUCCGCAAGCUAAGGAAGCAACCGGCACACUAUAAGAUGGGUCCGUCUAUUAUCAUUGACCCUGAUGAGUGUCCACUCGAGGAGCAGAAUGAUCUUCUUCAGUAUGACAGCAGUAAAUGGGAGUUUCCCCGUGACCGCCUGCGACUAGGCAAAACUCUUGGCCACGGAGCUUUUGGGAAAGUGGUGGAGGCCUCCGCCUUUGGGAUUGACAAGCUCUCAACUUGUAAGACUGUUGCUGUCAAAAUGCUGAAAGGAGGUGCUACAUCAAAUGAACGGAAAGCUCUGAUGUCAGAGUUGAAGAUCCUGAUCCACAUUGGUCAUCACUUGAACGUGGUCAACCUGCUGGGAGCCUGCACAAAGCCUGGAGGCCCGUUGAUGAUGAUAGUGGAAUUCUGCAAAUACGGCAAUUUGUCCAACUAUUUGAGAGGCAAGAGAGAGGAUUUUAUUGUCUAUAAGAGGCAGGACGGUAAGGUGGUGUCACCAGGAUCAGGCUGCGAGCUGAGUGAGCUGAUGAAGCGCCGCCUGGAGAGUGUGGCCAGCACCGGAAGCUCAGCCAGCUCUGGCUUCAUCGAAGAUAAGAGCUACUGUGACUCAGAGGAAGAGGAAGAAGAAUCUGAGGAUUUAUAUAAGAGAGUCCUGACACUGGAAGAUUUAAUUUGCUACAGUUUCCAAGUUUCAAAAGGCAUGGAGUUCUUGGCUUCACGCAAGUGUAUCCAUCGUGAUUUGGCCGCACGAAACAUCCUGCUUUCUGAGAAUAAUGUUGUGAAGAUUUGUGAUUUCGGACUUGCCAGAGACAUCUACAAAGACCCAGAUUAUGUGCGCAAAGGAGAUGCCAGACUGCCGCUGAAGUGGAUGGCACCCGAGGCCAUUUUUGACAAAAUCUACACGACUCAGAGUGACGUUUGGUCCUUUGGUGUUCUCAUGUGGGAGAUCUUCUCUCUGGGUGCCUCCCCGUACCCUGGUGUUCAAAUUGAUGAAGAGUUUUGCUGCAGGCUGAAAGAAGGGACGAGGAUGAGGGCACCAGAAUACUCUUCAUCUGAAAUAUAUCAGACCAUGUUGGACUGCUGGCAGGGAGAGCCACUGGAACGACCAACCUUCACUGAGCUGGUGGAAAGGCUGGGAGACCUUCUUCAGGCCAGUGUGCAACAGGAGGGAAAGCACUACAUACCCAUCAACACAGCCCUGCUGGCAAAGGUGGGAGACCCGUCCACCACAGUGCUGUCAGAGGAGACGCCCACGAGACCAAUCUCCCAUCGCGACUCAGGGAGCACCUGGAAUAUCAAGAUCCGCCCUGCUAGUGUGAAAACCUUCGACGAGGUUUCCAUGGAGAGCGGGACAAAUGAGAAUCAUGGGGGCGGUCAGUCAGACAGCGGGAUGGGCCUGUCGUCUGACAACAUGGAGACUCUGAAGCGCCUCGAAUCAAUGGCAGGCCGACCUCUGAGCAUCAUGGCCCUGGCGAUGAAGGCAGUGAGUAAGAGUAAAGAGUCGGUGCUGACUGACUCAGAGAAGGAAAAGUUCCUACCCACAGUCCCCUCUCUGGACUUCAGUCUGGACGACUCGGCCCUGGACGCCAGCCUGGAGUGUCACAGCCCACCGCCUGACUACAACUAUGUGGUGCGCUACUCCACGCCGCCUGUGUAACCUCCUGCUCCCCCCCUGGAGAAUCUGACUGACAGCCCCAAGGCCUUUGCUUUGUUCUCCUCUGUUUUGACUCUUAUCUCUGGACUGUUCUGUAGCAAAGUUUGGGAGGAGAACACAUGAGAUUUCCUUUCAAAAGUCUUUAGAAAGGAUGCUCUGAGAUGAAUUAUGAAUCUACUCGACUGUAACUUCUGCAUCUUCCAACAUCCAGGGCGUCUGCUGUGCAGCAAAAGGAAACCUGUAGACGGUUGAUUCUUUUUCAGUUUUCAGACGUAGCAGGCGCUGAUGUUAAUGCUGCUGGCUCAUUCCACAUUCACUGUGAUAUAUCAAACAGCUGAAAACAGGCUCAGGUAUUUUUUUCAUCUACUGUGAAAACAAACCACAAUGAUUCCAACUUUAUGACAGAUCUGAAUAAACUACAACCACAAGGAAAAACAUGCAGAAAAAAAGAGAGGAUAGCUGAGUUUAUAAUGAGGCUUAUUUAUAUCUAGCAAUUUCUGAAAAAUGUUAAAGAGAAGCCAAAUCGCCCAUGUGAAGAGCAGCUGAAGUUCAGCUUUGCAAAAAGCAGAUGUACAACCAAUUAUUAAUUAGAAGAAGUCUCUUAUUUGAGGUUUCGUUGCUCCUGUAAUUCUGUAAAAAAAAUAUAUCAGUUCAACUAGAGAGAGAGAGAGAGAGGAGUGCUCUGUCAUGUAGCGGUGGAUGUUUUUUAAGAUCUCCAGGUUAUGGAGGUUAAUGGAGGAAACAGAGUAAAGCUGACAGUAAGAGCAGACGGCUUCAGAUUUACCAUUACAUCUCGACCAUGAAAGCAUUUAAAUGAAGAGUUACUGUACAUGUCGAUUUCUCCUCCUGACCCCAGUCUGCUAUUAAAGAAACUUGACUUAAAUUUGUAUGGAGAAAGUGAAAAGAAAACCUUCUUGUCGAGUUAGAAACGUGAGAUUAGAACAAGACUUCAUAGGAACAAUUUAUUCAAAAAGCACUAGUAAAAUAUGAAUCAUGUAUUUAUUUAGAUUGUAAACACUGUUACCUAGUAAUCCUGCUCUGUUUGUUUAUUUAGUUUCAUAUUUAAAAGUUAAAAGGUUGUUGUUUUUUUUUAGCUCAGUCUUCCUGAUAUUAGCAUGUAAUAUCCCAACAUUUCACUGCAGAUGUAUAUGCUGUUUGUGCUGCUGUAUUCACGUUUGUAAAGCUCGGGGAAUGUGCUCCCGCAGAAACACGUAUGUGGAUAUUCUCCGGUCCUUCGUCUCAUGCUAAGUGUUAGUAAAGCUUGCAGGGCAGGCUAUAAAAAAAACUUAGCCCUAGUCAGCUCUGGUUCACUGUUCUAAUAUUAUUUGUUAACAUGUAAAAUCAUCUUGUUUUAACAACAUUUCAUUUGUCAUAUCCGAUGUAUUGAAAGUACUGUGGACCACGCCUUCAUUAACACUUGUGUUAGCGUACACACACCCUGUAGAAAGCAGCUAGCAUCUUCUUGCUGACCACUAAAGAAAACAGUGUUUGUCAGCAAACUGAAGUAUAAAAUUAAUAUUUUGAACCCCUGUGUAUUUCAAAAUGUUUUGUUUGUGACCAAUUUGUUUAUGUGGAGAGGGCGUGAUUAUGCACUGAUACUUUAUAUCAAGUAUAAUUUUUGUAUUCUAAAGGUAUAUUAUUAUGAAACAGUGUUGAGGGUCACGUGUUACAAAGAUUGCAUUUUUUAUUUAACUCUUAGCUACAUUAUUGGAAAUUAACAUUUGCAGUUUGUCAUAUUAUUUCUUAUGUAUGUUCACUUCUUGUAUUUCUGUCUUAAAUCUCAUUUAAGUCACUGCCAUCGAAGUUACAUUCAACAUAAAUGCAAAGACAAACAUAUUUGGAUUAUAUUGAAUUUUUUUUAUACAUAACCAUCAAAACAUCCUUCUAGCUUUUUCUGUUUUGUUCAUGUAGUGUAACAAACUAGUUUUGAUGAGAGUAAUGUUCCCAACACUGUUAAUAUGAAGUAAAAGAAUGAAUAAAGAUCUAUAUAUUUAUAUAUUA